AUGAAUCACCGAACGUACGAUGAAAACUUGACCACAAACAAGAAAAUGUCAACGCCUCAAAAUUUCGCGUUCAACACGAUUUACGUGACGACACAAAAUUGCACAUCGGCUACGCAUACGAGGGUAUCUGGCCUAACAGCUUCUCGUAUAUUGAACUAUCAUUACCUUUAUGUCGACUAUUAUCGACCAACGCUCGCCAGCAGGAAGAAAAAAUCUCGCUUUCCGAAAAACUCGUUCAUCGUGGAAAGUAAGGAAGCCAGUCCGAAGAAAGUUUCCAAAGAUACCAGGCUAACUUCCAACCUUCCGAAAGACGCUGCUGUACACUUUGGAAGCUUUUACGGCGUCCAAGGAAACGCCAAUAAAUCGCAACCCCGGGAAGUCCACAGUCUUCUAGAAUCUGCCAGUCCUUCCUAUGCAACAACGCCUAGAUUAGAAUUCACCAGACAGAUGGUUCAGAAGCUGGAACGAACAGCUGGCACAAAGGACUACGCGCGACAAGUGUCAGCUUUAUUAGAAGAGACGGUGGAACCGCCGCAUUUCAAGCUGCAUUCUCCACCAGUCGAGAAUUCAAUUCCCGACGGGAGACACAAUCCCACGGGAUAUCCUCUCUGGUACAAGGAUCCUUAUAAGAUGUCGUUUAACUCGGACGAGAUUUACAAACUUCUGAAGGAGGAAUACGAUAACGAUUCGAAGAACGCGAAAGACAUAUUCGAAGAGGAGAUUGUGGAGCACGAAUUUAACGAAGAAAUAAGCAACGACGAGCAAGCGGAAGAUGAAAACAUGCAAGAUAUCGGUGCUGAUCGUUUAACGGAGGAGGAAAAGUUAUUGUUAAACGUACUAUCUCACGAAUAUUCGUACACCGCCGAAGCGAAGGCCGCGAAUUCAAAAAAAAGCGACGAAAGUGUGACUGUUUCUGACAAUAGAGAUUAACUGAAGUAAAUCGUAGAAUUUCCCGUACAUUAACGAACCCGAUGUAAUUUCCACUCAACAAUAUUGAUGCUCGUUACUUCUCGUUCCUAUAUACUAUACGGGGAUACGGUAAUUAGUAUCGUGUUAUUAAUGACUCGACCAUUAUCAGAAUGUCUAUCCUGCGAUGUACAAUAUUCCGAGAUACACUUAAUUAGGAUCUCUGAUUAUUACUUUUUUAUGUUCCGUAUAAUUACACGUUACUAAAUUGCUGUGAAUCUAACGUUGCUUCUGAGUUUAUUAAUUACUAAAGUGAGGAUUUGCGAAAGGACGAGGAAAGCCGAUGAUGGAUUACCGGAAAUUCUGUUUGCCUCGUUUCCGUCUAUUUGUUGACCUUUUGAACUCAAAAUUCUCAUUCGACGAUAUACACUAAGCUUCCAAUAUCGGAAAGGUUCGAGAAAAAUUUCUGUGGUCAAUAUUGGAACGGUCGAGAUUUCGUACAAGCUAACGAACGAAAUAUCCGAUGUAGUUUCCCGUUUACCGAAAGAGGGUGGCAUUAUCCAUGGUGGAGUGUUCGCAUUGUUUUCGGUUCAGUGGAAAUGCAAGAGGGCGCAGGAUGGGGGUUGGGCUCUUAUCGAUUAUUCCGUCUACCACUGCAAAGACGCUUUUCAUGUAUCUUUAACGUGAUCGAAAAUUAGAUUUAUGUAUCAAAGAGUA